UCUAGCCUCCCCGUCAUGCACAGCGGGCCCUUACCCAUCCCUCGGGUCCCCCUGGCUUUCUCUACCCGCCUCGGGGUCUCCCUAGGCAAAGAAGAGGGCCCAACCCCUCUCAGAUCCUGGCCCUUUCAGGCCUCUAACUUUAAGAAGGGAAACAUAACAUCUAGUGCCCAGCGGAAAAGGAUGAGUCCUAAGCCUGAGCUUACUGAAGAGCAGAAACAAGAAAUCAGGGAAGCUUUUGAUCUCUUUGAUGCUGAUGGAACUGGGACCAUAGAUGUUAAAGAACUUAAGGUGGCAAUGAGAGCUCUGGGGUUUGAACCCAAGAAAGAAGAAAUCAAGAAAAUGAUAAGUGAAAUUGAUAAGGAAGGCACUGGAAAAAUGAACUUUAGUGACUUUUUGACUGUGAUGACUCAGAAGAUGUCUGAGAAAGAUACCAAAGAAGAAAUUCUGAAAGCUUUCAAGCUCUUCGAUGAUGAUGAAACUGGAAAGAUAUCAUUCAAAAAUCUGAAACGCGUGGCCAAGGAGUUGGGCGAGAACCUGACAGAUGAGGAGCUACAGGAAAUGAUUGAUGAAGCUGAUCGAGAUGGAGAUGGAGAAGUCAAUGAGCAAGAGUUCCUGCGCAUCAUGAAAAAGACCAGCCUCUACUAAGAUCCAUGUCGUCUUUUCUACUGCAAGCACACCUAACUAGAUUUAGUGCCUGCCAUUGUGUAAAAUCUGGCUUUUGAGAACACAAACUAUUUUCUCCCACAUUGACCUCCCUACAUAAUUUUAGUUAUGGCCUCUAAUCUAUUUCAGACUUUUAAAGUGUUCUUUGAUACUCAAACUCUUUGUAAAAUGACCUGCUGAUUACUUGAGUUCUCCAAAGCAGAAUAAGAGCACAUUGGAGCGGAGAAAAGGGUCUUAAAGCAUUGCCCACCUUCCAUUUUGCCUUGCAUUGCUUCGCUCUUGUCAUAUAUUUCACAGAGAUGCACACUGAAUGACUUCUUAGACAAGCACAUGUUGUACCCAUGUCACCAGAAGCACUGGUCGUUUUUCAGUGGUUCUAGUUUCUAGUUGAUACCAGAGUGUAAUCUUCUAUUUUAUAAAACCCAGUGAACUCUUGCAUUGGCAUUUGGAUGUAUGUUAAUGCUAUUUGUUUUGUCUUAAAAAUAAAACCUUUCUUAGUCUGA